AUGUCCCACCACUCAGCGGUGACAAGCCGCAAGCGAGAUAGCGAGGAAGAAAGCCGCGCGGAACACACACAAGAGAAGCAAAACUCUCAUUCCUUGACCCUGAGCCACAAUGAUUUCACAGUUGGCUGGGUAUGUGGGCUGCCGAAGGAGCAAACGGCUGCGAGAGCCAUGUUGGACAAUACCUACCCUCCUCUCAACAAACCACCUAAUGAUCCCAACGCUUAUACACUAGGGUCAAUUGGCAGCCAUAACGUCGUUAUAGUGUGCCUCCCGAAAGGAGUAAUUGGGACCAACUCGGCUGCUACCUUUGUGACUCAAAUGACCCGCACCUUUCCAUCUGUAAGAAUUGGGCUGAUGGUCGGCAUUGGAGGAGGCAUUCCGCCUAAAGUAAGGCUUGGCGAUGUGGUGGUCGGCACACCAAAUGAUCAAUAUCCUGGCGUGGUGCAAUGGGAUUUUGGAAAGGCUGAGAAAAACCACUUUACCCGCAUUGGGUCCCUUGAUAGACCCCCAAGUGUACUCUUGGCGGCACUUACACAGCUCGAGAGUGAUAACGAAAUGAAAGGGUCUAAGAUUCCCAAAUAUCUAAGCGACCUGAAGGCAAACUGGCCAAGGCUAGUGGCCAAAUAUACCUGGUCUGAUGCAAGACGAGACCCAAUAUCUGAGCUGGACGUUUGUGCUCGUGGCCCUGAAGAUGUCUGCGUCCACUAUGGUCUUAUUGCAUCUGGAAACCAGUUAAUCAAGGAUGCUAAGACUCGCGAUUCUAUCAACCAAAAAUUUGAUGGAAAUAUCUUAUGCUUUGAGAUGGAGGCUGCAGGAUUGAUUAAUUUCCCAUGUAUCACGAUCCGAGGGAUUUGUGAUUAUGCUGAUUCGUCAAUGAAGAUUAAAGACUGGGAAGAAUAUGCUGCAGCAACAGCUGCAGCAUUUGCAAAAGAACUUCUUAGCUAUGUCCAGCCAGCGGAUCUUGAAGGGGAACGAUCUUUAAUGGAAUUAUUAGAUCAGAUUAAUGACGAUCUAUGUAUAACUCAAAAGGAUGUUGCGUAUGUCAAGUCCGAACUUAAUAGGGGCGCCGAUCUCGAUGUUCUCAACUGGCUCACCACUGUCAAUUACGGAGCUACCCAAAGUGAUUAUUUCAAACUAUGGCAGCCAGGAACGGGAGAAUGGUUUCUUGAAUCGGAAGAAUUCCAAUCAUGGCUUGCUGGAACUAACCAGACACUGUUCUGUCCAGGUAUUCCUGGAAGUGGCAAAACAAUAAUCACAUCGAUAGCAGUCAACUAUGCCAAUUUGAAAUUCAAUAGCAAUCCAGAAGUUGGCAUUGCAUAUGUCUACUGUAACCACCAAAGGGAGAAUCAACAGGACACCAGAACAUUGCUACUGAGUAUACUCAGACAACUAACCCAGUGUUUACCCUCACUACCAAAGAGCUUGAGCAAGCUUUAUGAAGCCCAUAACAAGAAAAGAACUUAUCCAUCCGUGGAGGAGGUCUUCGAAACUCUCAAGACCGUGACAAAAACGUAUGAAAAAAUUCUUAUUUUCAUGGACGCACUUGACGAAUGCCAAAUGUCAAAUAACGGCGUAAAGGAUAUCCUCGACAAAUUGUUCGACAUACAGAGGAUUCAGGGGAUAAAUAUUUUUGCAACCUCGAGGUCUAUUCCCCAUAUUACAGAUAUUUUUAAAGGAGUUACUUCAAUAGAGGUCCACGCCAGAAAUGAAGAUGUCACGAGAUACAUAAAUCGUCGCAUAAAACAACUUCCGGCCCAUAUUCAAGGCCAUCGGGAUCUUAAGCAAGAAAUCGCAACGGGAAUUUUAGAAGCGGUCGAAGGAAUGUUUCUGUUGGCUCAAAUUUACAUCAGCUUGCUGGACGACAAGAUGACACCAAAUGAGGUGCGAAGUAGUUUGGAGCUAUUUAAACGCCAACGAAAAGGGCGAGAUGAUACCGAAAAGGUAGAGUUACUUUACUUCGCAUAUGGACAAGCAAUGGAGAGGAUAAACAGACGGCUAAAAGGCCAUAAGAGCCUUGCACUGAAUGUUUUAAUAUGGGUAACAUACGCAAAAACGCAGCUCACAGCACUGGAAGUUCAACAUGCUCUCGCCACCAAACCUGGAAAGCCCGAGCUCGAUUUAGGCGACAUCCCACAGGUUGUGGAUAUGAUUUCCGUCUGUGUCGGUUUGGUGGCAUUCGAUAAAGCAAGUGGCGUCGUUCGUCUGGUGCACUACACAACACAGGAAUUCCUCAAGAAUUUUCUUUGUUCAAGUUCUUGGUGCCCACAGGCGGAGUCCACGUUAGGAGCGACCUGCGUUUCAUACCUCUCGUUCAAAGAGUUUGAGACCGGAUCGUGUCAUGGCCGGGUUCAGAUGCAGCAGCGAUGUCAAAAAUAUCCAUUUUAUAAAUAUGCUGCGAAGAAUUGGGGCUAUCAUCCCUGUGAUGAUAAUACGGGAAGCAAUUUCAUAAUCACUUUCCUCCAGAAUGAUGGGCAAGUCGAGGCAUCGGGUCAAGUAUUACUUGUCCCGGAAGCCAUGCCAGAAUCCAAUGGAAUAAUGAAUAACAGAGACGAACAUCCGAGAAAUCUCACAGGGUUGCAUUUAGCAGCCUUUUUUGGAAUAACUCCGGCGGUGGCGUCCCUUCUUAAGUCGGGGUGCGAUCCAAAUAUCGUGGAUGCUUACAAUCGGACUCCGAUAUGGUAUGCUGCAAGGAAAGGGCAUAUUGCCUCCGCCAAACUGUUGUUAUCCGCUGGAGCCGACUCGUUAUUAUCCGCUAGAGCCAAUUCUGAUUGGAACCGUGUCAUAGGGUCAACUUUGAGACCUAGAGAAAAACCGGAAACCGAUGGCCCUCUGAGCCGCUGGCUUAAUGAAGCCCCAAAUGUUCAGGAACUCUUUUUGGCCAUAUCAAAUAUUAUUGAUUUAUCUAAUGCACCUACUUUAGUUGGUUCACCUGAAGGGUAUAGUAUCAAAACACCACUUUGCGCAGCGGUUUCAAAUGGGUGCGUAGAAAUGGUUGAGACACUUCUAUCAGCUGGUGCCUGCCCAAACACUAACAAUGGAGGAUCGCCCGCAAUUGUACAAGCGGCCCAGAACAGCGAUUUGGAGGUUGUUGAAAUACUGAUAAAUGCAGGGGCUUGGGUUGAUAUUGAUGGGGGAAGGGCACUUUGUGCAGCCGUCCAAGGGGGUUCUUCAAGUAUAGUCGAGAGACUUUUGUCUGCAGGAGCAGAUCCCAAUAUUUGUCAUGACAGCCAGCUAGAAAUAGCAGCCAGUCGGGGCUGUUUGGAUAUCGUUGAGAGCUUGAUAGCAGCAAAGGCCAAUAUCAACGGCAUUGGGCAAGCGUCCCAAGCUUGGGCGCUGGAGAUGUGGUGGUCAACACCUCUCAUAUCCGCCGCGAGAAAAGGUCACUUGAAGAUUGUCGAGAGACUGAUAGAAGGAGGGGCUGACUGCAGUGUUCCUGAUAGUUUUGGAAUUACCGCGCUUCAAGCAGCAAUUACAGCAGGUGAGGAGCAAGUUGUCAAAAGGCUUCAAGCUGCGAGGGCUGAUUCAAUACUUGUAGCCAACUAA